UCCAUAUCCCAAAAUUUCCAAUCUAGGGUUUUUCUUAUUUUUCGGUCUCCCAUAUAAACCAUCCAAACGCUCCUCUCGAGCCUCCUCUUUCGAACUCACUGCUUUCCUCUCUCUUUUCCGCCGCCUGCUUGUAAAAAAACCGAGAGAUCUAUCUCCUCAUCAUCAUUGUCAAAAAUGGCAGUUACUUUCUCAGAUCUCCACACAGAAUCCGGCCUCAAAUCCCUCAACGAGUUUCUCGUCGGCAAAUCUUAUAUUUCCGGUGAUCAGAUUUCCAAAGAUGACAUCAAAGUUUACGGUGCUGUUUUGGAGAAACCUGGUGGUGAUUUCCCUAAUGCUAGCAAGUGGUACGAAUCUGUUUCUUCACAGCUCGCUUCAAGCUUCCCAGGUAAAGCUGUUGGUGUAAGCAUUUGUGGCGAAACAGCUGCUGCUGCUCCCGUUGAAACUGCCCCAGCCAAGGAGGCUGCUGGUGAUGACGAUGACGACUUAGAUCUCUUUGGUGAUGAGACUGAAGAGGACAAGAAGGCAGCGGAGGAGAGGGAGAAAGCUAAAAACGCCUCCUCCAAGAAGAAAGAGAGUGGGAAAUCUUCAGUUCUCAUGGAUGUGAAGCCAUGGGAUGAUGAGACAGACAUGGUGGAGUUGGAGAAGGCAGUCAGGAGUGUUGAGAUGCCUGGUCUCUUUUGGGGAGCAUCAAAAUUGGUUCCAGUCGGUUAUGGAAUCAAGAAGCUACAAAUCAUGCUUACCAUUGUAGACGACCUUGUGUCAGUGGAUUCCCUCAUCGAGGAGCGUCUCACAGUCGAGCCUUGCAAUGAAUAUGUCCAGAGCUGUGACAUUGUUGCGUUCAACAAAAUAUAAAGACGGCUUAUAUUCCACUGAUUCUAGUGUAGCCAUUUUUGGCAUUAAGUUUUGUCUGUCUGUCAUUUCCUUUUUAUUUAUUUCGCGUCUUAGUUAUUCGAUGCCUUUUCCUUUAUCCAGAUGAGCGAUGAACCACUUCAAACCUAAAAUGUUCCUUCUUUGUGUUUGGCCGAACGCCUCCUUACCAUCAGUUUCUGGUUUUA